AUGUCGUCCCCAGCAGCCCAAACGAGCGGUGUCAAAGGCGGCAAAGAGCCCAUUCUCUUCCGCUUCUGCUCGGAAUGCUCCAACCUCCUGUUUCCCCGCGAAGACAAGUCGGAGAACAAGUUGCUUUUUGCGUGCCGCACCUGCAACUUCACCGAAGAAGCGCCCUCGUCUUGCGUGAUGCGCCACGAAAUCGCCUCGACGGUCGGAGCCACGGCCGGUGUGACAGCGGAGGUUGCCCAAGAUCCCACGUUACCACGAGUGCAGAAACAAUGCACAGAGUGCGGCGAGAACGAAGCCGUCUUUUUCCAGUCGCAGCAGCGCACUGCCGAGACGGGCAUGGCCCUGUACUACGUGUGCGCGGGAUGCGGUCACGUCACACGCCCAUCCGACAACAACUAG